CAAAACGUGCAGGUUCUCACUCCAACACAAGGGAAGAGGGAGAGGUUUCACACGGCAGAUACCUGUUGCUUUCUGACGACUUUCUUCAUGGUGCUACAGCGAAACCGUUCGCGGAGUAACUCAUAAAAACAGUUAACAGCUUCUACCAGCACACAUCGGCUGCUUCAAAACGGUUUAACAGUUUAUUCUAGUGGGAAUAUGGAGCCCAGAGCUGUAGUGAAGGAGAAGUUUUUCAUCGUGAUACGAGGGAAGUCAAGGAAAGGCUUCUGCCGGGGAUGUAUCGGUCGUGUGGAGACGGAGACGCAGUGUGGGGAGCUGACGGGACUGCUGUACUGCGGGGGGAGCAACGCUUUGAAUCCCAAGAGUGGAGGCACCGUGAGGAAGGAGGACACCUACUCUCUGACCCGCCACCAGGCCCAGCUGCUGCUCUUCGUUUCCUCCGUGAGCAAACGCCUGGAGCUGCUGUGCAACCCCCAGCUGUUCUCUGCUAUCUGCGAGCUGUCUCAGGACGACCUGGUGGUGGUGAAGCACAAGAAAGGACACCUGCCGGGAAUGGUGAAGAACCUGAUGCAGAUCGGGAGGAAGGAGCACAAAGACGACCUGCACAUGCUCGGCUUCGAGGUGGAGUUUGUGGACAGUGAUCAGAAUUUGUCCUCCAAGAAACCCCCCCCUCUGCCCCUGUUCAGCGCGGCGGACGUUGUGCAGGUGGUCCCGUCGUACUCGGUUCCCCUCGGACUGCACUGGAAGGACGGACAAUCUGGGGGUCUGAACAGAAAAGCGGUGACGCGCAUCAACUCCAUGCCAAAUAUUGGAUCUCGUGCACGACAAACGAGGGAGAACCUUACGGAGCAGAGUACCGGUCAGGGCCAAAGUCCAAGUGCAUCUCAUGUGCCUCUGGAGGUGGGGUCCCUGGUGGAGGUGGUGUCCAACUCGGGGGUCACAGUGUACGGAGUCAUCCGGUGGUUGGGGGUCCCUGCAGGGAAGACUAAUGAAUGGGCUGGAAUCGAACUGGAUUAUGAUGUGAGCGGUUGCUCUGAUGGAAAGUAUGGAAGCCAGCAGUAUUUCACCUGCAAAGCGAGCAGGGCUUUGUUUGUUCCCGUCACAAAGUGCAGCCCCGACAGCAGGUUCAGCUGCUCCUCCUCAGGAAGGGGGACCUCCAAACCCAGAGACACACUUCUAGUUCCUCUGUAUGAGGACCCUGAGGAGUAUGCCCCUCCUAUUCCUGAAUCGGAGGCCUUGUCUUUGUUGGUGGGGAAAAUGAAGGGGAUUCAGGGUCACAUCAACUCCUGUUACCUUGAUGUCACACUCAUCAGUUUGUUCAGCUCCUCUGUGACCCUGGAUAAUAUCUGCCAGACGCCUGCUGACACAGAGCGACCCAUAAUGUGCACUUUCAGAGAAAUCAUCAACCGUUUGCGCAGACAAGGAUUUGUGCCGGCUCAGAGUGUAAUGAACUUCAGACAACAACUUGGCUGUGAUACCUUCCGAACAGAGGAGAAAGAUCCAGAGGAGUUCAUCACAGUCCUCUUUCAGAAAGUGCUUCGCAUGGGCCCUUUGAUCAAGCUCCGAUCAGGACAGGACACAUGUCAGGGGGCCUACACAUUCCAGAUCUUUCUAGAAAAAGGACAGAUGGGACAGAUGCCCUCCGUCCAACAGCUGCUGGACACAUCCUGCCUGUCAGGGGACCUCAAGUUUGAAGAGGUGCCCUCCUGUCUAAUGGUUCAGAUGCCCAGAUUUGGAAACAAGUACAAGAUGUUUUCUCACAUAAUUCCCUCCACUGAGCUGGACAUCACAGAUCUCCUUUAUAACUCUCCGAGGGAAUGCUUCCUCUGUGGGCAUCUGGCUGAGUUCGAGUGUCUUCAGUGUCUCCCAGAUCGCAAAAUGCAGCCGGGGAGAAUCAAACCGUUCUGCUCCACCUGUAACACGCAGGUCCACAGCCACCCCUCUCGGCAGGCCCACUCCCCCAGAGCCCUGCCGGCCCCCGCGGCCUCUGAUACUCCGGUCCACCGACACACCAUGCAGCUGUUUGCCGUGCUCUGCAUUCAAACCAGCCACUAUGUGUCCUUCCUCAAAUACGGCCCUGAUCCUCACUCCUGGCUCUUCUUUGACUGCAUGGCAGACAGACAUGGUGACGAUCAACAUGGCUACAACAUUCCUGAGAUCCGAGCUUGUCCGGAGCUGGGUGACUUCCUGUCCCAGCCGGAGGAGGACAUGGCCCGCUCACACCCCUCCCAGACUCCUGAGCUGGUGCGCAGGCUGCUGUGUGACUCCUACAUGUUUUUAUACCAAAACCCAGCCACGCCACUUUCUAGGUCAAACCACGAGGAGCCCUUUAACUGAUUUUGACAGCGGGGACAAUACGUUCCUAUAACAGUGCCUUUAUAACCUUGCAUUUCUGCUUAAUCUGCAAGAUUAAGUGUUGGUUAUUACAUCCAAACAAUAGGAGCUAAACGGAUGCUUUUAACAUCAUGGGGGAAGACAAUAUUAUUUUCCUGUUCAGACAUUUGACUAUGAGUUUAAGAUGAUAUUUAAUAUAUUUUAAAUUAAGUUUUUGGCGGUUUUGCCUUUAUGUGAAGGAGGACAGGUCCAAAUGCCUGAUUCUAACCUUGGACGCUAUUUGGCGAGUCAAACUUUAUGAAAAUGUGUAAAGAGGGAGAGCGUUAGCAGUAGAUGUAUAACACUCUGAACUUUAUCUCUUGAAUGUCUUGCUGUUGUUACACUGUAAUUAUCCAUUCCAAUAUUUCUUAAAAGGAAAUUAUGACAUUAGACACACAAAUUAAUAUAUUGUAAUGUAUUUGAUUGUUUUAUUAUUUAGAGUGCAUUAAAACACUACGUGACUUGUGUUUCAUUAUUUAAACUUGGAUUGUCAUUGUGACUUUAAACACUGAAGCCCACAUGCUUCUUUAGUUGCUGUUUAAGGGCUGUCUCUUGAAAAACAGAAGACUAGAGUAAAUGUACAGUGUGUACUUUAUAUGGUUUUUACUGUAAACUAAUGCACUGAGUGCAGAUUUUAAAAGGGCAUUUUAGUAGAUAUGUAAUAUAUUGUUUUUAUCAUUAAAGUGUAAAUAAAUCCAGUUGGAUAUCGGUGAA